CUACCACAAAUCCCCAUUCAUCAUCAUCAUCAUAUUCAUAAUAUCUUCCAUUAAAAGAAAGAAAGAUAAGAAAAAUGAAGUGUUUUACAGCUUGUUUUCGUACUAAUUCCAAUCACAAUAAAAUCAUCACAAAAAAGCCAUGUAGUAAUAACAAGAUUAAUAGCAUCUCUCCUCAAGUUCUACAGGAUUUGCUCGAGACUCGCGAAAAUGGUGAAGCUUUUGAAGAAGCCAUUAAUGAUAAAAAUGAAGAAGCUCGACACAAGAUUGUGAACCCCAUUAACCUGUUUGAAGAAUCCAAGGACAAGGAGGAAGAAGAAGAAGAAAAGUUGAAUCAAAGCAACAGAAAGAAUUUGCUCGAGACAAGCGAAAAUGAUGAAGGCUUAUUAGCAAAUCAAGUUUCUGCAAAUUGCUCAGAUCAGAGCUAUCCGAGCAAUUUGCAGAAACAGAAUGGAGAAGAAGAAGAAGAAGUGAACGAGGUUUCAAAUUCAAGUGUGUCAAGUUAUAUAUCUUAUCGUAAAAAUCAUAGAUAUCAUUGCUGUUUCAACAGCAAUGAUAGAUUCGAUGAUAUUGAUCUCGAAGAUGAAGCUAACAACAAUGAUGAUGGAAAUGAAAUGAUUCAUGAAGAGUCGUCUUACGAGUCAUUAUUUUCACUCUCCAUAGACAACUCUACUCGGAAAGGAAAUAAUCCCAUCCCCGAAAUCAUGUGUGACAAGGAGGAGGUCAAUAGUCCAUUGAAACCUAUGCUGCUCGGACGUUUCAAAAAUGCUGACAGACUUGUGUUGGAUCCUUCAGAAAUAGUGCAUUUUUCACGUGUAUGCAACAACAAUUUUGAAGAGUCUGAGCAACAUAGAAUGAAACUAUCCAUCAAAUUUAGUGCUAAUGAUCCGAUCAGCCAAUUAUCAGUGUUGAAUCCAAUUCGAAGUCCGAGGCUAUUGAAAGACAUCGGCUUUACAACGCCUUCCUCAAUAUUGAAGCAACAAGAGGAGAAGGAGAACGUUGAUACGAAUCUUGUUGAUUUUUGUAUUACGAAUAAUCGUGCAAAAAAAGAGCCUAGUUUGAAGAGCCAAGAGAAUGAAAUCGCUGUUGAUGCUAGCCUUUCGAGCUGGUUAGUUGAACGUUCUCAAGACGACACGCCAAAUUCCAAAAACAAUGCUGGUUCUGUAGGGAAUUCACCUUCUGAGGGACGCGUAAGACUUGUCGAUAGACCAAUUUUAGGAGCAUUGACAAUAGAAGAGAUCAAAGAUGAAAAGCUCAUUGUAAUAGGGACUAUUGGGAGUUAUUUGAGACAUACAGGGCAAGCUACUGGCAUUUCAUCUUACUGAGGCAUUUCAUCGAGCACGCUCACAGGAGGAGGCAUUUCCAUGUGUCAUGUUAAGUUUGUAUUGUUAUUCCAUAUUUAACAGUAAAAUAGUUUUAUAGAUAGUAAAGUCUAGUAUAUCACAUAUUUUCCAUAUGAAGGUCCAAAGACACAUAUUUUAAUUAAUUGAAGCUUAAAUAUGUUUAGUCAUAUAAGGAGGACUGAAAGUUGAAUUUAUCAAUAACUAAGGGACCAAUGUGUAUUGCCUGUUUUUUUUUUAGUUUCCCAUUUGGCGUCUUGUGUUUUGUAACCUGAUUAAUUUGAAUUUGCACAGUUCUCACUUUGA